CAGAAAAGUAAUUGGUUUCAGUUUUGGCGAUUAUUGACGUCAUUUUGUUUCUUCGGUUCUUUCGGGUUUAGCUUUUUGUUCAACAUGAUAUUUACAUAUCGUUAUUGUAUGAUGCUCGAGGAAGGCUCAUUCCGCGGUCGACGCGCCGAUUUUGCAUUCAUGUUCAUCUAUGGAGCUAUUUUUAUGAUUAUUUGUGGCACGUUUGUACAUAUGGUAUUUCUUGGACAAGCAUUCACCAUAAUGCUUGUGUACGUUUGGAGCAGAAGGAAUCCGUACGUGCGUAUGAACUUCUUCGGCGUGCUCAGCUUCAAUGCACCCUAUCUUCCAUGGGUUUUGCUCCUCUUCUCAUUGCUUCUCGGCAAUAAUGCUAUCGUUGAUUUCAUGGGCAUCGCAUGUGGCCAUUUUUAUUUCUUUCUGGAAGAUGUUUUCCCACAGCAACAAAAUGGCUUUCGUGUUCUGGAGACACCGCAGCUGCUGAAAUGGCUUAUCGAUCCAGCUCCAGUGGAACCUGUUGAGGUUGAUCAGCGACCGGGAGGUUUCGCGUGGGGUGAACAACCACCUGCACCUAAUUAA